CCCCGCGGGCCGUGCGGGCGGCCGGAGGCGGGUCUCUGGUGAACACCUCCCCGCCCCCGGCCCGCCUCGGCGGCUCCGGCCUCCAGCGCCGUCGCGAAGCGGAGGACUUCGGCGGUUUUCCUGCAAUCUGGGGACUCUCCUCGGAGUAUAAAGCCAUCUGCAGGCACCCCUCCCCUGAGAGAAAAUGGCUGCAGUUCUCAUCAUCCAGGAUGGAGAACAAGAACCUGUGAUAGUAAAGGUGGAGGAGGAUAACUUUUUUGUACAAGAAAUUGACUUGCCGAAGAACAGCCAGUCCUGUCAGGAGGUCUUCGGCCAGUGUUUCAGGCAGUUCUGCUAUCAGGAGACAUCUGGGCCCCGCGAGGCGCUGAGCCGGCUCGGGGAGCUCUGCCGACGCUGGCUGCGGCCCGAGACGCACAGCAAGGAGCAGAUCGUGGAGCUGCUGGUGCUGGAGCAGUUCCUGACCAUCCUGCCGGGGGACCUGCAGGCCCGGGUGUGGGAGCAGCAUCCACUGAAUGGAGAUGAGGCUAUGUUGGAAGAGAGUCUGAUGAUCCGGGAUUUCAGGUGGGAAGAGGUGUUCUGUGGUGGCAACAAGCAGCAUCUACUGGUUAGGUUCAUAAGAAAGCAGUGAGGGCAGCUGUGAGCUUUUGUCCCCAUCGAUGCUUCAUUGUUUCUGUUGGUUCCUUUUUCUGUCUCAUCUCUCCUAAGCCUGUUGAGUCCUUUUUCCCUGUCCUGUUUCUCCCUGGGAAAUGUUUCCUAAGGUUUUAGUUCUAGUUCUCAACAGCAGCUUCUUCCCAAGCCCAAUGCUUCCUCCUUGUCUCCAGGGCACAUUCCAAGCAGAUGGACAGGAAGUGCUCUGGGAGGAGGUGAUGUCCCUGGGAGCCACACCCCAGUCACCAAGUUAUCAGCGCCAGCACAUGGAGACUCUGCUCAAGGAUGCCUCUCUGGAGCCCCUUCCCUACAAGAGAGAGGUGAAGAGGAAGAGGAGGAACCGAUCUGGGAAGAUGGGUUAGGGUAGCGGGCUCCUGCUUGGCUAAUCAAAGCCAUCCUUUACAGCUUAAUCAUGAAUGUGUCUAACCCUCACCCCAAAUCCUCGCUGGCUUAUCUACCUCUCUUUUUACAAAGUACAACCUUUAUUCUUGGCCUUUUAAAAAGGUUUUUAUUUUAUUUGCUUUUCACAUACCCAUCUUUGCUUUUUAUUAAAGCACUGAAUGAUCACAUCAUCCUGUUGCUUCUCCUUUAUGAUCUCCUUUACAGUGGCCGCCUCAGUGUCUUGCCCUACCCUCUAAGUUUUAUCAACCCAUCUGGGAUGAAGCCACCUUUAAAACCUUUCACGUUGACUGCAUUUCUCCUGUCUUCUUCCACAUUAAAUUCCCUCCUCUUUUCACGCUGGUCCCUUCCCCUACAUGUCACUCCAGUGUACAUUUGGUACCUUUUCCUUUCCACAUUCUCUACAUUAUCAGAUGUGCUUCCCAUUUACAAAGCUACCCCCCUCCUUACAUCCUGAUCCCCUUCACAGUCUGUCCAGAAAAUAGCAAUAAAGUGACCAGAACAGCCAAGAAAUCCGUCCUUUUCCAGUAUUUCGUUUGAGUUCAGGUGGAAUCUUCAUUUUAAUGAGUUCAGUGGGACAUUUAUCUCUCUCAGGCCAAAUUUCACUAAAACUGUAUUUUUCAAUUGUGUUCAUAAAGGAAUACUGAUCUUAGUUAAUAUAAGGUAAUUAUUGGUUUACACUGAAUCUGCAAGCAAUGUCCUCUUUGGGGGAAGAUUAAGACAAAGAAUUUUCUUUCCAAUCAAUAGAAUAAAUACACUUUUGCCUUUCCUCUAUAAUUGUAUUUGAAUGCAGUUUGAAGUACUCUUUAUACACUUAGACUUUUAACAAACUCUUUAAUAAUUUGUGCCCUUUUCGUGAUAAAGAUUGUUCCUGAUCCUACCUUAGUGACUAGGACAUAGGUUAUUUAUUCCAGAAUAUGUCUGUUUCACCUUUCCUCUCUAGCGCUUUCCUUCCUUAAUUGAGCUGAAGAGAUAUUGAUCGAUUGUUGGGGCAACAUGACUAAAAAAGAGAAAAAUGGUCCCUUGGGGUGUAAUAUUCUGUCAGUUCGAACAGAUGACAUUUCCGUUUUGUUUACUUCUAUAUAUGUCUAAAAUUUGCCAUAAUAAAAAGCUUAAAUAAAAGA